AUGAAGUUCCUCUCUCUCGUCUUCGCCGUCUCCUCCGCCGUCGUCGGUGCUCUCGCUGUCCCCACCGACGCUUCCAACAGCACCAGCCUCCUCCAAGCUCGUGCUGGUACCCCCAGCUCUGAGGGAUGGCACGACAACUACUUCUACUCGUGGUGGACCGACAACCAAGGUACCGCGUACUACACCAACCAGGCUGGUGGACAAUACAGCCUCCAGUGGUCCGGUAACGGCAACCUCGUUGGCGGCAAGGGCUGGAACCCUGGUACAAACAACCGCAUGAUCAACUACAGCGGUACCUACCAGCCGAACGGCAACAGCUACCUCGCCGUCUACGGCUGGACCCGCAACGCGCUCAUUGAGUACUACGUCGUCGAGUCCUACGGCACCUACGACCCCUCCUCCGCGGCCGAGCUCAAGGGCCAGGCGCACUGCAACGGCGCCACCUACAACAUCCUCACCACCUGGCGCCACCAGCAGCCCUCGAUCGACGGUACUCAGACCUUCCAGCAGUUCUGGAGCGUCCGUACCCCCAAGAAGAACCCCGGUGGCCAGAUUAGCGGUACCGUCGACUUUGGAUGCCAUGCUCAGGCUUGGAGGAACCACGGCAUGAACUUGGGCUCCAACCACUACUACCAGAUUGUCGCCACUGAGGGUUACUUCAGCAGUGGUCAGGCCACCAUCACCGUUUGGUAA